GAGAACACCUCCGAAAAAUUGAAGCACUUCUACUACAUCAUAGACAAACGAGAAAAAGCUGAGGAAAUCAGAGGUAAGGAAGGGAUGGGCCCAUUCAGUAAAGCAAUGAAAGUGCGCCCUAUCUGUGGAGCUGAACCUGUGCAUCAUUCAUUGCAAUCCAAACAACUGUUACAGAAGCACGACGAUGCCGGUAUGGAAGAAAAGAAGCGACAGCUAUACACUAGUCAAGCAACAAACGAAUUUCUUGCAAUGUCAAGUUAG